CCACGGAGCCCUCGCUUCCCAUUGAUUCGGGGUUUCCAUUUUUUCUUCGUCCUCCUUCCAUCUCGCGUUUUCCUUCUCCAACGCUUCUUCUUCUUCUUUCUUUCUUCCUCCGCCAUUUUUUUAUAUAUUUCUUGGUUAUAAGGCUUAACAGAUCUAAGAGCAAGAAAUGAGAACCUUCGACUUCUUCGGGAGAUUAUCUAGAGCUUUCCAGGAUUAUCCUUCUCUUUCAAGGAUCAUUGUUGUCUCUACGAUCAGUGGUGGGGGCCUUAUAGCUUAUGCUGAGGCAAAUACAUACAAUGGCAGUAGGGGCCAUAUUGCUCAUGCUGAUGCAAUCACGUCCAACGGUGCACAUGGUAUUGCUUCAUCUGAAGCAGUUCCCAAGAAAAAGAAGGUGGUGCUGCUUGGAACUGGUUGGGCGGGUAUGAGUUUCUUGAAGGAUCUGAAUAACCCUAGUUAUGAGGUGGAAGUUGUGUCUCCUCGUAAUUUCUUUGUGUUUACCCCAUUGCUACCAAGUGUUACAUGCGGUAAAGUAGAAGCACGCAGCAUUGUUGAGCCAAUUCGCAACAUCAUCAGAAAGAAAAAUGUUGAUAUCAGUUUCUCUGAAGCUGAAUGUGUCAAGAUAGAUCCUCAGAAUAAGAAAAUUUAUUGUCGUGCAACUGUAAAUAGCAAAUUGAAGGGGGAAGAAGAGUUUGCAGUAGACUAUGACUACCUUAUUAUAGCCGUGGGUGCUCAGGUUAACACCUUUAAUACUCCUGGUGUGGAGCAAAACUGUCAUUUCUUAAAGGAAGUUGAAGAUGCUCAGAAGAUCCGUAAGAAUGUUAUUGAAUCCUUUGAGAAGGCAAGCCUACCAAAUUUAAGUGAUGAGGAGAGAAAGAAAAUCCUUCACUUUGUGAUUGUUGGCGGUGGUCCAACAGGUGUGGAAUUUGCUGCAGAACUCUAUGAUUUUGUCAAUGAGGAUGUGGUCAAACUAUAUCCGAAGGUCAGAGAAUUUGUGAAAAUAACACUUCUUGAGGCUACAGAUCAUAUUCUGAACAUGUUUGACAAAAGAAUCACAAAUUUUGCCGAAGGGAAGUUUGGAAGAGAUGGCAUUGAUGUGAAAUUAGGGUCAAUGGUCACGAAAAUAGAUGAUAAUGAAAUUUCCACAAAAGCAAGAGGUAAUGGCAACACAACUAAUACACCAUACGGGAUGGUUCUCUGGUCAACUGGCAUUGGACCUCGUCCUCUCAUAAAGGAAUUUAUGAAGCAAAUUGGUCAGGGUAAUAGGCGUGCUUUGGCAACUGAUGAAUGGCUGCGUGUUGAGGGUUUUGAUACCAUUUAUGCGCUUGGUGACUGUGCAACAAUUAACCAGCGGAAAGUCAUGGAGGAUAUAUCUGAAAUAUUUAAAAAGGCAGACAAGGACGAGUCAGGAACAUUGACAGUUAAAGAAUUUCAAGAAAUAAUUGAUGAUAUUUGUGAAAGAUACCCUCAAGUGGAGCUUUAUCUGAAGAGCAAGCAAGUGCGGAACAUUGUUGAUCUUUUGAAGGAAGCCAAAGGGGAUGCUGCAAAAGAAUCCAUUGAACUGAAUAUUGAAGAAUUUAAAUCAGCUCUUUCUCAAGUUGAUUCUCAGAUGAAGAAUCUGCCUGCAACAGCACAGGUUGCAAAUCAGCAAGGUGCGUAUCUUGCUAAGUGCUUCAACCGUAUGGAAGAGUGUGAAAAGAAUCCUGAAGGUCCCGCUAGGUUCAGGGGAACAGGCCGCCAUCGAUUCCAUCCCUUUAGGUACAGGCACUUGGGACAAUUUGCUCCUUUGGGAGGGGAGCAAACAGCUGCACAACUUCCUGGUGAUUGGGUCUCAAUCGGACACAGCUCGCAGUGGCUCUGGUAUUCUGUCUACGCAAGCAAGCAAGUAAGCUGGCGCACAAGGGCAUUGGUAGUAUCGGACUGGGUAAGGCGUUUCAUCUUCGGGAGGGAUACCAGUGGCAUUUAAGGCAACAAACAGGUCUCUGGGUUUUGGAGUUACAAUUUGGCAGAAUUGCUAUAGCUUGGAAUGCUGUAGAAAAAUUUUGUUUACAUUUUUUCCCCUUUUGACCUAUUCUUUCACAUAAUAAUCAUGCUGCCAGCAGGGCUUUGGCCUCUUGGCAGUGUUCUCGCUUGCCAAACCUUACGAUUUAAUUGAUUUAAUCUUUUACUUAGGGGAAUGACGAACGUGUUCUCUAAGGUGGUUUUACAAGGAAUUUUGCAUUUUGGAAGCUAAAUUUUAGUUCACUUCUGAGCUACACGAAAAUAUUAACUAUUUCGAGGUGG